AUGUCAUCUACACUAUUUGGCCCCCAAGCCGCUAAUCCGGCACGGAAUGCCAGCUCGCGGCAGCGCCCUGCCGCCGCAUCAGACCUUCGUGCAAGUGAAGGCAGCGCCCCCGCGCCCGCCCACACCGACGCCAGCGCCGCCGCCGCCCCCGCCGCCAGCGCCGCCUCCGCCUCCGCCGCCGCCGCCUCCGCCAACGCGCUCCAGCACUUCGGCGGCCUCCUGGGGGCCUCUGGCGAGAAUAAAAUAGUGGAAGGGGGCUGCCUUGGGGCCCGAAGCGCGUGUUUACUCUGGGAGUGCAUUAGUCCGCCCUGA